ACGUUUAUAGCUACUGACUAAAUCGAGUCGGAUUUUGUACUCCGUUUUUCGAACUUUGAAGAACUCAGAAGACAGAAUACUUCGGAGCAAAAGGAAAAAAACAGAACGCAGAAAAGAGAAACACAAAAGAGCAAGGCAUUCAUUGUUGAAAGAACAGAAAAGGAUGGCAACAGAUGAUCAAGAGAUUCCAGAAGGAACCGUACAGAACAUACUAGAACAAGAUACCCUCAAAUGGGUUUUUGUUGGUGGCAAAGGCGGUGUUGGCAAAACUACAUGCAGUUCCGUUCUUUCGAUCCUUCUUGCUAGGGUCAGAUCCUCUGUUUUAAUUAUAUCCACUGAUCCAGCUCACAAUCUCAGCGAUGCGUUUCAACAGCGAUUUACCAAGACUCCAACUUUGGUCAAUGGCUUUACCAAUCUUUUUGCUAUGGAAGUGGAUCCUAAUGUUGAAAAUGAAGAUGUAGGUGGAAGUGAUGGAAUGGACAGUGUGUUUUCUGAGCUAGCAAGUGCAAUUCCUGGAAUUGAUGAGGCCAUGAGCUUUGCAGAAAUGUUGAAAUUGGUUCAAACAAUGGAUUAUUCUGUUAUUGUAUUUGAUACGGCUCCAACUGGUCAUACACUCCGGCUAUUACAAUUUCCUUCAACUUUAGAGAAGGGGCUCCAAAAGAUGAUGUCUUUGAAAAGUAAAUUUGGUGGUUUAUUGAAUCAGGUUACCCGUCUCUUUGGUAUUGAUGACGAAUUUGGUGAAGAUGCUCUUUUGGGAAGGCUCGAGGGGAUGAAGGAUGUGAUUGAACAAGUCAAUAAGCAAUUCAAGGAUCCAGAUUUGACAACCUUCGUCUGUGUUUGCAUUCCGGAGUUCCUCUCUCUUUAUGAAACAGAGAGACUGGUGCAGGAACUUACCAAAUUUGAGAUAGAUACGCAUAAUAUUAUCAUUAACCAAGUCAUUUAUGAUGAAGAAGAUGUUGAAUCCAAACUGCUCAAGGCAAGAAUGCGGAUGCAACAAAAGUAUCUUGAUCAGUUCUACAUGUUAUAUGAUGACUUUCACAUCUCCAAGCUGCCAUUGCUGCCAGAAGAGGUUACUGGGGUUGAAUCUCUGAAAGCUUUCUCAAGUCAUUUUGUGACAGCAUAUCAACCUUCUACCAGUAAAGUCACAGUGGAAGAGUUGGAGCAAAAGAUAUCUACCUUGAGGAAACGAUUGACGGAUGCUGAAGCUGAACUGGAGAAACUUCAGAAAGGAAAGCAAUUGGCUUAAUCGUAUCUGUUUACCAAUUCUUCUGGUUACAAGAAAGUGGAUCCUCUAUUUCACUCCUGAAUGACAUCUUCCGUAGAAUGAUUAUUUAUGAUUUUAUUUUUUGCGGUAGAUUAAUUUGUUUACAAAUUUUUUUGUACCUUUACUCAACAAUAAAUGGUAUAUUCGUUUUUUCUAAUUUAAAAAAAAAAAAACUGUUAAGUUGUUCUA